GUUUCUCUUUGCUGUCGCUCAUUUAAUGACGUCGUAUCAGCGCGACUGAAACGUAAAACCUACAACAGCGGCCUGUGUUUUCACUCGAGCGCUGUAAUUUUUUUGUCUUUGGUGGAGGAUUUGUCUCUACAGUCCGUCACCAUCAUGAAACUUGUCAGGUUUUUGAUGAAACUCAGCCAUGAGACGGUUACCAUUGAACUAAAGAAUGGCACCCAGGUCCAUGGCACCAUUACAGGUGUUGAUGUGAGCAUGAACACCCACCUGAAAGCGGUGAAAAUGACCCUGAAAAACAGGGAGCCCACUCAGCUGGAAUCACUGAGUAUCCGUGGCAACAAUAUUCGCUACUUUAUCCUUCCUGACAGCCUCCCACUGGACACCUUGCUGGUUGACAUCGAGCCAAAGGUCAAGUCCAAGAAGAGAGAAGCAGUGGCUGGACGUGGACGAGGCAGGGGACGAGGCCGUGGCAGAGGAAGGGGACGAGGUCGGGGUGGCCCGAGGAGAUGAUCACCAGGUCGUACAUUUGCAGGCCACCACCCCACUGUUUGUACAGGAUUUUUUCUUUGCUCAGAGGAAACAUUUUGUGAAUUUCCAUGUUUUCAGUUUUGUUUUUUCAUUAUUUUGUACAUUAAAAUGGAUAGAGGUAAAAAGGAA